AUGAACCUCCUAACCUCCCUCCUCGCCCUCAACCUCACUCUCUCCGCCAUAGUCGCCGCCGACUGCCACAACGGCGACCGAUCCUGCGGCAGCGACUGGUGGAUCGUUGAAUGCAGAGACAACAAGGUCGAGAACGUCGAUUACUGCGGCAAGAAAAGUGAGCAAAAAGCCAUCCGAAACUCGUGUCCAGACGCUAAUAUGCCAUGA